AUGGGCAUAUCUAACGCAUUCGCCGCCCUCGUGGCAUUCCUUGCAACCGCUGCCAUUGCGUUGCCCGCCGCAGAUGCUAGCGACAAGGCAUGCACUACUGGUACCGCAGUUGUUACCGCUGGCUACACUAUCAACUACGCCCCUGCCACACCCACCGCGACUGUUGCUGGUGCAGGAUACCAUCCAGAGCCAGCCUGGGAAAGCGGACGUACGUACGGCGUCCCAACCCCGAUCGAGACAGGCUUCGCCUACGCGCAAUUCAAGUGCCAGUACACCUGCAACGGUGCCAGUCCUCCCGGGUCGAGUUUCUUCGUCAAAUACGUUGGUGGUCAGGUCGGCUCUCAGUGCACCUGCUACAGUGACCUGCAAGUACCUCCCUUCUAA